GGGGGCGGGCCGGGGCGGGCUGCGCCGCGGGGCCGGCCGGCGUCAGAGCUCUGCUGGGCGGUGAGGCCGCGGGAUGGGGCGGGUGCAGCUCUUCGAGAUCCGCCUGAGCCACGGCCGCGUCGUCUACAGCCCGGGGGAGCCGCUGGCCGGGACUGUGCGCGUGCGCCUGGGAGCGCCGCUGCCCUUCCGAGCCAUCCGGGUGACGUGCACAGGUUCCUGUGGGGUGUCCAACAAGGCCAAUGAUGCUGCCUGGGUGGUGGAGGAAAGCUACUUCAACAGCUCCCUGUCGCUGGCCGACAAGGGGAGCCUGCCCGCUGGAGAACACAGCUUCCCCUUCCAGUUCCUGCUUCCUGCCACGGCACCCACGUCCUUUGAGGGUCCUUUUGGAAAGAUUGUACAUCAGGUGAGGGCCACCAUUGACACGCCACGCUUUUCCAAGGAUCACAAGUGCAGCUUCGUUUUCUAUAUCUUGAGCCCCUUGAAUCUGAACAGCAUCCUGGACAUCGAGCAACCCAACGUGGCCUCUGCCACAAGGAAAUUUUCCUACAAGCUGGUGAAGACAGGCAGCGUGGUCCUCACGGCCAGCACUGACCUCCGAGGCUAUGUGGUGGGGCAGGUGCUGCGGCUGCGUGCCGACAUCGAGAACCAGUCAGGAAAAGACACCGGCCCCAUGGUGGCCAGUCUGUUGCAGAAAGUGUCCUAUAAGGUCAAGCGCUGGAUCUACGAUGUGCGGACCAUCGCGGAGGUGGAGGGUGUGGGUGUCAAGGCCUGGAAGCGGGCACAGUGGCAGGAGCAGAUCCUGGUGCCUGCUUUGCCCCAGUCAGCCCUGCCAGGCUGCAGCCUCAUCCACAUUGACUACUUUCUGCAGGUAUCCCUGAAGGCGCCCGAGGCCACUGUGACCCUCCCGGUCUUCAUCGGCAAUAUUGCUGUGAACCAGGCCCCAAUGAGCCCCCCGGCAGGCCCAGGGCCGCCUCCUGGGGCCCUGCCUCCAGCAAUGCCUUCUGCGCCGCCCCAGGAAGAGGCUGAGGCUGUGGCUGUGGCUGGUGGCCCCCACUUCAUGGACCUGGUCUCCCUUUCCACCAAGAACCACUCACAGCAGCAGCUGCCACCUGCCACGCUGGGUUCUGUACCAGGUGCCCCUGAGCCUGGUUCUCAGGAUUGUAGCCCCACCCCCCACCCAUUGGCCCCUCCCCUGUGCAUUUCCACAGGUGCCACUGUCCCCUACUUUGCAGAGGGCUCUGGGGAACCCGUGCCUGCCACCAGCACCUUGGUCCUCCCACCAGAAUACAGUGCAUGGGGCUACCCCGAAGAGGCCCCGCCAUCCUAUGAGCAGAGCUGCAGUGGUGCCGAUCCCGGCAUGACCCCUGGGAGCUGACCCUCAGGAGCUGACUCCCAAGCUGCCUUCUCCGGGCUGGCCUGGCCUCUACUCUGGGACUGCGGCACCCAGGGCCUUGUGCCUUCACUCCCAGCCUGGCCUGGAACACUCAGGACCUGCUCAGCCUCUGCCACUGCCCUGGAGUCAGCCCUCCUUUCCCUGGGCUAGGCUGGGCUGGGGUUGUGGGGAGCUGGGACCCGGAGAGACUACUCAGUAAAUAAAGUCUUUGUUUGGAGAGCUGGGCAGAGGCUGGCCUCUUGGAGGGCAUGCCUGGCCCCAAGCCACCCCUCCCUU